AUGAGCCAGUCCUAUUCAUCCAGCCAGCGGGGUGUCUUCCUAUCGCCGCACCUUCGGUGGGGCAUCACCGACAUACAGCAGGGCCACUUUUGGGUCUAAAGGAGGUGCCUCCAGCUCAUCCAGCUCUAGGGUCUACCAGGUGUCCCGUUCAGCCGCCGUCCCUAGCCUAUCCAGCUUCAGAGCAUCACGGAUUACCCCGGUACGAAGCUAUGCCACAGAUGUGCUCGAUUUCAGUCUUGCCGAUGCCAUGAACCAAGAGUUCCUGCAGACUCGCACCAAUGAAAAGGUGGAACUGCAAGAACUGAACGACAGGUUUGCCAACUACAUCGAAAAAGUACGCUACCUUGAGCAGCAGAAUGCCAUCCUGGUGGCCGAAGUGAACCGAAUCAAGGGCAAGGAGCCAACCAGGAUCAGCGAGCUGUAUGAGGAAGAGAUGAGGGAGCUGCGACGCCAGGUUGACAUCGUCACCAAUCAAAGGUCACGAGUGGAAGUAGAAAGGGACAACUUGGCCGAUGACCUGCAGAAACUGAAACAGAGGUUGCAAGAAGAGAUUCAGCUUAAAGAAGAUGCAGAGAAUAACCUGUCAGCCUUCAGAGCCGAUGUAGAUGCAGCUACCCUGGCCCGCAUUGAUCUGGAGAGGCGGAUUGAGUCUCUGCAGGAGGAGAUUGCAUUCCUAAAGAAGAUUCAUGAAGAGGAAAUCCGUGAUCUUCAGGCACAACUUCAAGAGCAGCACGUACAGGUAGAGAUGGAUGUUGCCAAACCAGACCUAACCGCAGCUCUCAGAGAUAUCCGCGCACAGUACGAGAAUAUUGCUGCCAAGAACGUCGCUGAGGCUGAAGAAUGGUACAAAUCCAAGGUAUCAGAUCUCAAUCAAGCUGCACAGAAGAAUAACGAGUCUUUGCGCCAGUCCAAACAGGAGCUCAUGGAAUAUCGCCACCAGAUUCAGUCCUACACCUGUGAGAUUGAUGCCCUUAAAGGCACAAAUGAUUCCCUGAUGCGCCAGAUGCGGGACCUGGAGGAGAGGUUCGCGGGAGAGGCAGGUGGCUAUCAGGAUUCCAUUGCCAGGCUAGAGGAAGAAAUCCGCAAUCUCAAGGAUGAGAUGGCAAGGCACCUUCGGGAAUACCAGGAUCUGCUGAAUGUUAAGAUGGCACUGGAUGUUGAGAUUGCCACAUACCGUAAACUGCUGGAAGGAGAGGAGAGCAGGAUCAGUCUUCCCAUCCAGACAUAUUCCGCACUGAGUUUCAGAGAGACCAGCCCAGAGCAGAGAUCAUCUGAAGUUCACACCAAAAAAACAGUCAUGAUCAAAACUAUUGAGACCCGGGACGGAGAGGUUGUUAGUGAGGCUUCCCAACAGCAUCAAGAGGUCCUGUGA